AGGAAUAACAUGGCAGCUCCAACUUGGGGUCAUGCCUGUUCUCUCGUUUUCUGAGCCUUCUCGUUUACAUUUCCAAUUGUCAUUUAUAUCCUGUUGAGUAUCGACGUCGAGAAUCCCCAGGGGCAUCAAAGAUAGCCAAACCCUCUCAUUGCUCUCAAGAUGGCGCUUAUCCAAACCAGUCUCAUCUGGGUGGCAUACGCUGUCGCGAUAGCCAUACUCCUGGCAAUUGCGUCCGUCUUCGUUUUCACAUAUCAAGCGCCGCGUGAGCGGGCCGCAUCGAUUACCGUCAUCUCCAUUUUUACGACCAGCGCGCUGCUUGCAACCGUCCUCCUUCUUCCGGUGGAUGUCGCGCUUGUAUCCGCGACGAAUCGCUCGAAAUAUGGCAUAAAGAAGGACUGGGCAACACCAGAUACCGUGGAACAUAUAUUGUACACACUAAAAAUCGUGUACUACACUUUGUAUUCCCUAGAUGCCAUCCUCUGCCUGCUGGUUGUGCCGUUUACGUAUUUCUAUUUCGAAGAAUACGACGAUGACGCCGCCGAAGAUGGCUCGCAGACCGUCGCCCAGCGGAUAUUCGGGGCCCUAAAAUACACCUUCUUCUUCCUCGUUCUCGUCGUCCUCCUCUUCCUCGUUGGCUUCUUUGUCCCCUUCGCCAAAGGCAUCAAGCACGGCGAUCACUCUACCAACCUCGACUACUUCAAGAAGCUCCUCUCCGAAAACCAUGGCGAACGCGCCCUCACCUUCACCCUCGGCCUCCUCAUCACCCUCGGCACCCUCAUCUACGUCCUCUAUACCGCCGCCGGCCUCGCUCUCCUUCCCGUCUCCCUCAUCAAGUCCGCCCCCGCCGUCUCCGCCCCCUCCCUCGCUCAAUCUACCGCCUCCCACCUUGACGCCAACCGCGAACGCCAGCGCCAACUCGAGCGCCGCAAUGAAGGCCGCGAAGGGGGACUGGAUAGCCGGGAUCGGCGCGAGCUCGAGUCGCUGAUCCGUGAGGAGCGGACGCUCGUGCGGCGCGAGCGGUUGGCGGCGGAGGCGAGCGGGGAGCACCGCAGCUGGUUGGUGAAGGCGUGGAAUAAGCUCGAAGCCAUCUUCCGGCCAGUAAAGUUGGUGGGGGGGAUUCUUCUGAUGGGGGUGGCGUUGCUGAUUUGGACAUCGAUGCUGAUCACCGGGAUCGACAAGGCGAAGAACAGCGUGUGCGGGGCGCACUGCGGGUAUAUCCUGGGGCACAUCAACAUCUUCCAGCCGAUCAAUUGGGUCCUGGUGCAGUCAUCCAAGGUCUUCCCGAUCGACUACGUCCUCUUCCUCCUCCUCGUCCUCUUCUUCUUCAGCGCCUCCGUCGUCGGGCUCGCUGCCGCGGGCAUCCGCUUCCUCUGGGUCGUCAUCUUCCAGAUCCGCAAAGGCCACACCCGGCCCCAGGCGCUGCUGAUGGCCACCGUGAUGCUCACGCUGAUCGUGCUGGCAAUCAACUACUCGGUCGCCAUGCUCGUCGCCCCGCAGUAUGCCACGUUCGGCCCGCAGACCUACUGUGACCUCGCGCCGCGCCAUCCAGGUGAGCAGCCCGAUUGCUCGCACGAUCGUGCGGCUAUUAGGGCGUGCUCGGAGCUCGCGGAGAAUCCAGUCGCGAGGGAUAUCUGCACGCCGAGCGUGGCGAGCACAUUCAUUAAUCGGGUGACGGCGAAUUUCCCGUUCUUCGGUGUGGUGGACUUUUGGGCGCAGUUCGUCUUCCUUGGCGUCUAUCUCAUCGUCUUCGUGACGACGCUCUUCCGCACCCCGAAGCUCGACUACGAGCAAUUGGAUGCGGAUCUUGUGGAGGAGGAAGAGGAGGGAUUGCUUGCGAGCACGGGACGGAGGUUCAACGCUACCUGGCAAGAUAUCGCCGGGCGCGCGAGGAAGCCGAACGCGAACUACGGUGCCACGACGAACGGCGAAGGUGAAGGCCACGCUGCGGACGGAGAGUGAACUAUCCGAUCCAAAUUGCACGCUUCAAUCUGACUAGUCUGAUAUACCCUGUUUGGCGUUUUGGCCUGGUUUGUAAAAAUACAUGAUGGAAAGGGAAAAGUGGUCUGGCGUUCAUCGAAAGCAAUUUCUUAUCAUUAUCCUUUCCUCCUUCGUCAAGCAAUCUUAAUGACAUGAAUUUUCACAUAUCUUUCGUGUACCU